CGCACCGCACGCAGACGGGGACGCGCGAGUAGGCGUUGUAGUUGUAGCGUUUUAAUGCAGAUAUAGCCACCAAAACACAGUAUAUACAGAGAAAAGUCGAACAAACGAGCAGUGCGCUUCGUACACCUAUACAUAAAUACACACACAUACAUAUAUUUUAGGUGUAAUUUUGUCUAAUUUAUGCGUGUGAUCGAGCUGUGCAUUCUAAAAAAUGAUUUGUUGCAAACAAAAUUGGCAGUGAAACAACACAAUUUACAUAAUAUUAGCAGAAAUCAAAACAAACACGCACAUACACACACACAAAUAUAGUGAGUGCAAAAUUCAAUUUACGUAAAAAAAAAGCUGAAACAAAAACAACAAAACAAUAUGCAAGUGAAAAUGCAAAUGGAAACUAAUUGACAAACACAGAGCGCAGGCAGCAAACAAAAGUGAAAAUAGUAUAUUGAGCUGACGCUGUUGUCGGUCUCAGCCAAUCCCUCGCUCCCCUACCUGUCCCAACAAGCGUUGUAGUUGCUGGUUAAUUGAAUUUUGCGAUCGAAUUUUGUGCAAAAUGUCGUCGACAGCGACUGAAGAUAGCGAGCUGGACCCGCAAAUUCAGAUCGAACUGGAGAAUCUCAAUAGCGCUACGGAUGAGAUAAAUAAGCUGGAAAUUGAAUUGGAGGAGGCCAACUCUACUUUUCGCAUUCUGCUAAAUGAGUCAACGCGCCGACUUAAACUGUCCUCCAAAAAACUGGGCAAUUGCAUAGAGAAGGCCCGUCCCUACUAUGAGGCGAUGGAGAAGGCUCGCGAGGCUCAAAUUCAGUGCCAGCAGGCAGCCGUCAAAUUUCAACGGGCCAAUGAAAUACAUACAGCAGCCAAGGAAACGGUGGCUCUGGCCGAGCAACGUUUUAUGUCAAACUCACACGAAUGGCAGUUCGACAAUGCUUGGCAGGAGAUGCUCAAUCAUGCCACCCAAAAGGUCAUGGAUGCAGAGAAACAAAAGGCCGAUUGCCAUGCGGAGCAUCAACGACGCACGCGUGUCUUUCACAGCGCAGAGCAAAAAGUUCAACAGCUGGAGGAUCGCUUCCGGCGCAGUAUAAACAAAUCACGCCCCUACUUCGAAGAGAAACAAGUGUGCCAGGAUCAGUUGCAGACGCAAAAGAACCGCAUCCAGGAGCUGCAGCAGCAGGUGGCAACUGCCAAGACCACAUAUUCUACAGCCCUACGUAAUCUAGAGCGCAUCAGCGAGGAUAUACACAGGCAGCGCGGUGAUUAUCCGGGUCUGAGCGGCUCGCCGCCACCUCCUGGACUCCGCGAACCGGGCGUGGGUGCCGAACUGAAUACACCUACAUCCACAACAUUACCCUCGCUGCCAGAUUUUCAGCUGGAGCUGGAAAAAUGCGACUAUCCUUCGAUUGCUGGCAGUCAAAUGUCCCUUGGUGGCGACCGCGCCGCACAGCAUCCGACAUCAACGGAAACGGAGGACGAAGAGGAUGCCUGCGACUACGAUGAGACGGGCGAUUUGCGCGGUUUGGUGGAUGAACACGAUCUGGAGGCGCUACGCCAGAAAGUCAAAAUACUCGCAGUACGACCGAUCGAAGGUGGCGAGCAACACAGCGAUGUGUGGGAGCAUGAGCUGAAGGCCACCGUCGACAAGCUGGAUCAUCUAAUGAUGCUAAAGGAAGCCGCCAAACAACAACAAACGGAGCGCCCCAAGCCUGUCCAGAUGGUGCGGCCAGAUUCAUUAGGUGCCGAAGCUCAACAAAGGCACAACGACGAUGAUGGCGACGUUGUUGUGCUUGUGGCCAAGGGACCACUCAUCAAGGUGACCGCUGCAGUAAACAGUUUGCCCGCCACUCCUCAGCAUCAAGCCACUCCCAUUAAGAAGCUGCAACAACAGCUGGCACCCCUCCCCUCGGUCAAUGUUUCUAUGCGUGAAUUGCCUCUUCUGGCUCGUCUCUCCAAUGAGCUUCUAGAUCGGAGCAGUGCGGCCUUAGGCGGCAUGCGGAAGCAGCUGCGUCGCCGCUCUCUUGAAUGAGAAAGUCCCUCUACUACAUACCCAUACCUUUCCCCUCACACUUCCUAACACAACGCACCUCGGCGAAUAUCAAAUUAAAGUUUGUUUAUAUUAAAUGAAUAUUGUAAAGUGCAAGUUUUUGAUGCCGCAUUUAAAAGUACACAGUAAUUAUAAUAUACAUAUAUAUAUUUUCGUAACAAAAAACCUA